AUGUUCCGGGCUGGAUCUUUGUGUCUCGCUCUGCAGGCGACAGUGGCGAUCGCCGUCGAGGUGGCGCCUGAUGUGGCCGGCCGCUUGCUUUACCAGACGUCGUUCAAAGCGGUGAGUGCCUCCGCACCGCGCGGUCUGUCUCCUCUAAGCGACGUCCUUGAGGAAGAGCUUUUGGCAGAGGGCACAGGCGAUUCCUCGCUUCCCUUGAGGCCGGAAGCCCCAGUUCAAGGCCUCGAACUUCUAAAGGCUGACCUGGUCUGGCUGGCUGACACCGUCGGCCAGCUGAUGGCAGACUCCCACCCUUCCAGCAUCGUCUCCUUCUGCCUUGCAUUUAUGACGGCCUUGGCGAGCGGCGGCCUCGUGCGCUCCCUCUUGAGGGACCGGCCACUUGCCCCAAGCACGAAGUGUGAGGAGGACAAGUGUGAGGAGAAAUCACAGGAGCCAAUGACGUCGAUGACGACUUCUGACAUUCACGAGGAACUGGCCGCCCACAACAUGCCUCCGCUGCCGAAGCGUGGGCUGGCUGUGACCAAUCCGGUUCUCCUUCAACGGGCGACGGAGCAAGAGGAGGAAGCGGCCAAGAGGGCAGUGCAAAUCAAGAAUGCGCAGAAGGAUCAUCGUGACGUGUUUGGCUGUUCAGCACUGCAUGUGGCGGCGCACAAUGGUCAUUCGAAGGACGUGGCGCAGUUGCUUUUGGCGGGCUUCGAUGUGAAUGCACAAGAUCAUUUCGGAGAGACGCCCCUUCACAUGGUAGCACGCUCUGGCUGCCACGACACGGCAAAACUGCUGCUUCAGCAUGGAGCCGACCCGAGCCGACGCAACUCCUUCGGCAAGACGCCCUCCGCUGUGGCCCUGCUGCACGACAAGACUUUGGCUGCCUUGCUCCGUGUGGGGAAGUGA